GCCACACGCCACGUUUCGCCAGUCUUAUUAGUUUGCUCGUCAGUAAUAGUGGCUAUCUUUUCAGUUCUUCAUUUGGUUCAAUAAUUUAGUCAAGAUGAGUGCUCCAGCACCAGCUUAUAAGAUUGGAAUUGCCAAAAUGGUAUUAUCCGGUGAUACCGUGAUAAUAAGAGGGCAGCCGCAAGGUGGGCCGCCUCCAGAAAAAGUCAUCGCGCUGUCGGGCAUUACAGCGCCCAAACUCGCGCGACAAAAGACAGUCAACAACAAUACUGAAACAAAGGAUGAACCUUUUGGGUGGGAAGCUCGUGAAUUUCUACGAAAAAAAUUAGUAGGCAAAGUAGUCACAUUCACUGCAGAAAAACCCCCGAAUGCAACAAGAGAGUAUGGUUCCAUUUGGAUAGGAAAAGAUCCAACAAAAGAUGAAAAUGUCAUAGAAUCCUUGCUGGCAGAAGGAUUGGUGAAAAUAAGAGAUAGCAGCAGAAAUUUUCCACCUAUGAAAAAACUAGUUGAAAUCGAAGAUGCCGCUAGAGCACAAGGCAAGGGUCUUUGGGGCACUGAUAUCCAGAAACACGUUAGGGACAUUAAGUGGACUAUUGAUAAUCCCAAACAAUUCGUGAACAAACAUAAUGGCCAGCCCAUCAAGGCGAUUAUGGAAUACGUACGUGAUGGAUCUACAGUGAGAUUGACAUUACUGCCUGAUUACUACACCAUUAGCUUGAUGAUGUCUGGAAUUAGAUGUCCUGCAAUUAAGCAAGACGGAGAAUCAGAGCCAUAUGCUGAAGAAGCGAGAUAUUUUGUGGAGUCUAAAUUGCUGCAACAGGAUGUUGAAGUUAUUCUUGAAUCAGUUAACAAUGCAUAUUUCGUGGGAACCAUCUUACACCCUGCGGGAAACAUCGCUGAAGCUCUGCUCAAACAAGGAUUCGCAAAGUGCGUCGAUUGGUCCCUGGCAGUUAUGAAAUCUGGUGCUGCUACACUGAGAGCUGCUGAGAAAGUAGCAAAGGAAUCGAAAACCCGCAUUUGGACUAAUUACACAUCUAAUGCCCCUAUUAUUUCACCUAAAGACAAAGAGUUCACCGGAGUAGUGUUGGAAAUUGUGAAUGGAGAUGCUCUUAUGAUCAAAUUAUCCAAUGGUACAUAUAAGAAGAUAUUUUUGGCCAGCAUCAGACCACCUCGUGAAAAGAACAAUGGUCCUGAUGAAGAAGGAAAGCAGUCACCUAGGCCAAAAGGAUUCAAACCUUUGUAUGAAAUUCCUUGGAUGUAUGAAGCACGAGAAUUCUUGAGAAAGAAGCUCAUUGGCAAGAAAGUGAGUGUGACUGUUGACUACAUUCAGCCAGCUAAAGACACCUACCCAGCUAAGACAUGCUGCACUGUCAUGGCUGGAGGAACUAACAUUGCAGAAGCUUUAGUAAGCAAGGGAUAUGCAACUGUAGUAAGAUACAGAAAUGAUAAUGACCAGAGAAGCUCCCACUAUGACAAACUACUGGAAUCUGAAUUGAAGGCUCAAAAGGCAGCCAUUGGAUUACAUGCCAAGAAAGAUAUUCCCACUCAUCGCGUCCAAGAUACCAGCGGUGAUCCUGCUAAAGCAAGGAAAUUCUUACCUUUCCUCAAGAGAAUUCAGAAAACCGAAGCUGUUGUAGAGUUCGUCGCCAGCGGCUCCAGACUUCGCUUGUACAUUCCCAAAGAGUCUGUACUUGUUACAUUUUUACUGGCCGGGGUUGUCUGCCCUCGAGGCGCUCGCCCGACUGCUGGCGGAGGUCCUAUGCAAAUUGCUGAGCCGUAUGGCGAAGAAGCUCUACAAUUUACCAAGGAAAAAUGCCUCCAGCGCGAUGUACAUGUCACCAUUGAGGACAUGGACAAGGCCGGCAGUUUCAUCGGCUGGCUUUGGAUCGAAAACGAGAACAUGUCGGUCUCUCUGGUUGAGCAUGGCCUUGCCACCAUGCAUCACGCCGCUGAGUCCUCGGAAUACGCGCGAGCUAUUAAGACAGCAGAAGAGAACGCUAAGAUGAAGCGCAUCGGACUUUGGAGAGAUUUCAUUGAAGUAGACCGAGAAGUCGAAAGGGAGAAAAACGCCCCAAUAAUGGAACGCGUUGUCAAGUACGACAAAGUUAUUGUCACUGUUGUUAAGCCCGAUGGCAACUUCUAUGUCCAGAAUAUUGAUCUUAUACCUAAGCUGGAGGCAUUGAUGGAAAGGAUGCACCAUGAUUUUAAAAAUUGCAGCAGCCCGAUGCCUGGCUCGUUUGUACCGCGGAAGGGAUACAUGUGCGCGGCGCGCUUCACAGCCGACGACAAUUGGUACAGAGCAAAAAUUGAAAAGGUCACUGAAGACGGAUAUGCUCAUAUCUUCUACAUUGAUUAUGGAAACAGAGAGAUACUAGACUUCACCCGGCUGGCCCCGAUGCCGCCGAGCCUGGACAUCGAGCCGCCGUACGUAAGUGAGUACGUGCUGAGUUGCAUCAAGUUACCAACUGACGCUGAUGACCUUCGCGAGGCAGUGCGUGCCUUCUGUGCCGACACUCUCAACAAGAAGCUGCUCCUCAACAUCGAGUCCCGCGGCACACCACCAGCGGUCACCCUUGUCGACGCUGCAACCAACUGUGACAUUGGAAAGAACCUGAUCAGGGAGGGUCUGGUGCUGAUGGAGUACACCCGCGAGCCGCGCCUGGCCGCGCUGAUGAGCGAGUACCGUGCUGCUCAGGAACACGCCAAGACCUCGCGCCUCAACCUGUGGCGGCAUGGAGACAUCACCGAGGAUGAUGCCAUCGAGUUUGGAGCGCGUCGCUAGCAUACGCUUUUGUGGUUCGAUGUAACCGCAACAGCAUCGCACCGGCGAACCUGUGCCACUUGCUCCGAACCCAGAGAUAUCAUGAAGGUCCUCAUGGACUUCCUGUAAAUCAAUAAACUCUUACCUCCCAAAUUUUUGACUCUGAUGAUGAAUUAACUAUGUAACCGUUAUGUGAGAGGACACAUCCCCAUAGUUGUAUGUGUAUCUGAAUGUCGUGUGGCAACUUGUAAGCCGGUAAUGAUAUUGCGAGUACUUUGCUUCUCUUAGUGAAAUAUUUCAUUAACUCGAUGUACCUAUUUUAAUGUAAAGUAUCUAGUACGAGCAUAAGUU